GCAUUCAACCUAACAAUGGAGACCACACAUAUGUUCUAAGUUGCGCAAUAAUUCAGUAUUUAAAUGUAAUAAUAAAUCUAGGAUAUUUUGUAUAAAUUUGAAGAAAGUAAUCGUUAUUUCUUUCCAGCCGGCUUACAGUUAAUAGAAAUAUGCGGCUUACAGAUCUUGAAAAGAUAAAAGAAUUGCAAAAGAAGCCAUCACAUGUGCGGAACAUCUGUAUCCUAGCUCAUGUUGAUCAUGGGAAGACAACUCUUGCUGAUGCUUUGGUUGCCAGCAAUGGUAUUAUUUCUCAAAGAAUGGCUGGAAAGUUGCGUUACCUGGACAGCAGAGAAGAUGAGCAGAUAAGAGGGAUAACUAUGAAGUCCAGUGCUAUAUCACUCCAUUAUCAAGCAGGGAGUGACGAGUACUUAAUGAACCUGAUUGACUCACCAGGACAUGUUGAUUUCUCCAGUGAAGUAUCUACGGCAGUACGACUUUGUGAUGGAGCAAUUGUUGUUGUUGACGUUGUGGAAGGUGUCUGUCCGCAGACUCAUGCUGUGUUACGUCAAGCCUGGCUAGAAAACAUCAAACCUAUACUGGUUCUCAAUAAACUCGACAGAUUGAUUUUAGAACUGAAGAUGGAACCAGCAGAGGCGUUUAAUCACCUUCAACAGAUACUUACAGAGGUUAACCUCGUGACCAGUGAAUUAUUUACAGCAGAUAUUAUGUCAAUGCAGACGACAGAUUCUCCAUCCAACCCAUCUAGUGAACAGAAACAGACAUAUGAUUGGACAGAAGAUGCUGAUGAAUUUGAGCAUAAAAACAUGUACUUCUCACCAGAACUUGGUAAUGUCCUCUUUGCUGCAGCCUAUGAUGGGUGGGGAUUUAGUAUUGACCAGUUUGCUGAGAUAUAUGGAAAGAAACUUGGCAUGAAUGAAGCUGGUCUUCGUCAAACACUGUGGGGAGAUUUCUUUCUUAAUUCUAAAACCAAACGUAUAAUGAAAGGUGCACAGUGCAAAGGAAAGAAGCCACUAUUUGUCCAGUUUAUUCUGGAGAGUAUCUGGGCUGUUUAUGAUGCAGUGAUGGUUAGACGUGAUAAAGAAAUGACGGAAAAAAUUGUGAAAUCUCUCGACCUAAAAAUAACCGCUCGUGAUUCCCGGCACAAUGAUGCUCGUAUUCAGUUACAAGCGCUGAUGGGAAAAUGGCUACCUGUGUCUAAUGCUGUCCUAGGUAAAGUUGUUGAAAAGUUGCCUUCACCACUUGAUAUAGAGGAGGAGAAAGUUGAGAAGUUGAUGUGUAACAAGGCAAGGAGGUUCGACUCCAUGCCAAAACAGACGCAGGAUCUAAAGAAAGACUUUCUGUCUUGUAAGGACUCAGAAGAUAUCCCUGUAAUUGUAUUUGUUUCUAAGAUGUUCCCAGUAGACAGGGCAUUACUACCCAAAAACAAACAAAGACCAUUGACAGAAGAAGAACUGCAGCGUCGUCGGGAGAUAGCGCGUCUCAGGCAUGCUGAACGAAUGACUGGGAAAACUACUGGAGAAUCAAAUGAACAAUCCUCAGCUCCUAGUUCUUCAGAAGGUGAGACAAAAGUUGUGGUAGAGAGCAGUGAAGAUAAAAAGGACGAUACAGAUCAAGUGUUUGUAGCGUUUGCUCGUGUGUUUAGUGGAUGUGUGAGAAAAGGACAAAAGCUGUAUGUCCUUGGACCUAAACACGAUCCUGCUAUUGCUUUAAACAAGAUAUCAGAAGAAUCGAAUGGUAUGUAUGGAGCUAAAAGAUUAGAAGAUCUAACGGGAGAUGAACAUGUUACGGUUGUCACGGUAACUGACCUUUAUCUAUUUAUGGGUCGUGAACUGGAGGCCUUAGAUUGUGUACCUGCUGGAAAUGUUCUUGGUAUAGGUGGACUUGAGGAUCAUAUAUUAAAGUCAGGAACACUGUCUAGUACUGUAGCCUGUCCAUCAUUCACAGAUCUAUACUUUGAUGUCUCACCCAUACUGCGUGUAGCUCUUGAACCGGUACAUGCUGGAGACAUGCCAAAGUUGGUUGCAGGACUUAAGUUACUUAAUCAAGCAGACCCGUGUGUACAGGUUCUUGUACAGGAAACAGGUGAACAUGUGAUUAUCACUGCAGGAGAGGUCCACUUACGUCGAUGUUUGGAUGAUCUUAUUGAAAGAUAUGCUAAAAUAGAAAUCUCUGCCUCGUCUCCGAUAGUACCAUUCAGGGAAACGAUCGUACGUCCUCCAACGAUUGAUAUGGUGAACGAGUCAAUACAGGAACAGAAUCCUGUCGGAAAAAAUGAGAAACAGCGCGAGUUCGAUGAUGACGAGGAAGUUUUAGAACCUGGUUUAGUUAGGAUAUUCACACCAAGCAGAUACUGUAUGGUACAGAUACGAGCUGUGCCGCUUCCGCACGAGGUCACAAACUAUCUCGAAGAAAACGCGUUCUUGAUUAAAACCCUUGAUCAGUAUAUAUCGGCAAAAAUAUCAAAAAGAAACAAAUCUGAUAUAAUUGGAUCUAGUUUAAAACAGUCAACUAAAGAAGCAAUUAAAGAAUUUAAAGAUAACUUGGAAAAAUUAUUUUUAGAAGCUGGUAAACAAUGGAAAGGUUGUGUUGAUUCUAUAUGGGCAUUUGGACCUAAGAGAGUUGGACCAAAUUUGCUGUUGAAUAAAGUGGAUGGCUACAAUAGAACUUCAAUGUGGGGUUGUUUAAGGGAUGAUAAAACAGAUGUGACAGUGGUAGCAAGGGAUUAUGAUUAUAGUGUUGUAAGUGGAUUCCAGCUUGCAACCCUUACAGGGCCCCUUUGUGAUGAGCCAAUGAGGGGCGUCUGCUUUAUCAUGGAAAAAUGGGAAAUUGGACCUCAGGUUAUUGGAAAUGGGGAUGUAGAAAAUAUAUGUGAGAAUACCUUAGUCACAAAACAAAUAACAAAUGUAGAUGAACAGAUGCAUGUACAGUUGUCUAAAUUAAAUUUAGAGAAUAAUGUUUCUAUAGCAACUGAUUCAUUAGUAAAUGAAAAUCGUCCCUGUCCCGAGAUUUCAGAGGCGAGCACUUCAGGAGGUGAUAAAGAGAAGAGGACAGAUAUGAAAGGUCAUGUGUCGGGACAAUUAAUAUCUAUAGUGAAGGAAGGAUGCCUGAAAUCGUUUCAAACACAGCCUCAACGUAUAAUGGCCGCCAUGUAUAAAUGUAAUAUACAGGCAACUGCAGAUGUUCUUGGGAAGCUAUUUGGCGUGAUCGGGAAGAGAAAUGGUAGAGUACUCCAAGAUGAAAUGCGAGAGGGUUCUCAAAUAUUUAACAUCGUAGCAGUCAUUCCAGUAGUUGAGAGUUUUGGCUUCUCGGAGGAUAUCCGGAAGAAAACAAGUGGCUUGGCAAGUCCUCAGCUGGUAUUCAGUCACUGGGAGACUAUUGAUGUUGAUCCAUUUUGGGUGCCGACCACGGAAGAAGAGAUCAUGCAUUAUGGCGAGAAAGCCGACUGUGAGAAUCGUGCACGAUUGUACAUGAACAAUGUGCGAGAGCGUAAAGGAUUAAAAGUUGAUAAAAAGAUUAUUGAGCAUGCAGAAAAACAAAGAACACUUACAAGAAACAAAUAACUUAUUUAUAUGAAGCAAUUAUUCGCAUAAAUUGACCAGCUGUUUUGUAACACAAUAAGCAACUACGAGUAAUUUAAAAAUUUCAUAGUUCAUUAAAAAGCUUUCAGAAAUACGCAUUUUAUUGUUGUAUGCAUAAAUGUUUAUAUAUUCACAAUGACAAAAAAAAAAUUUAUGCAAUGAUUUCUAAAAUUAUCAGAUGUGAAUUUAAAUAAAAAAGUAUAUGAGUAUACAAGUAUUACAGGAUAGGUAUUUUUGGUUUUCUUUGAUAAAAUUAUUUUAAUGGAUUGGAAAAUAUGGUACUUAGGGAUAAGGGAAUUUUUGUUAGAAAAAUUAUGCUUAUGUAGUUUUUUAGUUCCACUUUUUGAAUUAGAUUUUUUAUUCUGGUUAAACCUUUUUGUUAAGGUAAAUUUCAAAGAUAUCCACUUUGAAACUUUGAAUACUUGUUAACUAUCAAAAUUGAAAUGUUUUUCUUAAGCCAGGGGAGAUAACCAUAAAAUCAUUUUUCCUUAAUAAUAUCUCUUGAACAUAAUUUUUAAUAUUUUUCCUUAUUUUUUCAAAAAAACAACUAUCACAGAUAUUCAGUACAAAUUUUAAAUACUUGUUUUGCUAUCAAGGUUAAGUAAUUCCUCCAAGCAGUUUAUGUCCCUGUUUCUACUUUGCAUUUAUCAUACUAUCCAGCACUGAGAAUAAUGAAGCAUGCUGCUUCUCUGACAGACAGCUGUUGUUUCUUUAUGAAAAUUUAUCUUAUAGCACCUUUACUUAUAGACAGUUUUCGUACUGGUUCCUUUUGAUUGAGCAAGGUUAAGGUCAUUGAGGCUAAAAAUAGAUUUUCUGAUUUUUCUUCAAAAUAAGGCCAUGCUUUUAGUUUCUUUGUCAUAGCAACAUCAUAGAGUGCUUGUACGUUAGAUGAAUCUCUACAUUUAGGCAAGGUUAAGGUCAAAUUAGUUUAGGUCAACGUUGGUAAGGCUAAAAAUAGAUUUCGUUUUGUCUACAUAUCAUAGCUUCUGUUUCAUAGCAUCAUCUGCUAGUGUCACUUGUAUUUAUGUAUUUAUUGUUUUAAACCCUGUAAGAACACUUGACAGAUUUAUGAAAUAAACACUGUAGAAAAUGAUACAUGGUCAUGGAA